CAUAGAUGAACUGGAGAAGAGGAUUCAUCCCACAGCAUCAUUAUUAAUUGGAUCAUUCAUCUUCUGGACUUAUUAAACUUUUUUUUAAGGUGUGGCGGCCGGCCUGGUUCCGCCCCUGUCUACAACGGGUGGUCCAAAAACCCCACUUAAAACCCUCGUCUGCGCCCACGUGGGAACCUAAAGGUGCGAGUAUUUAUUUAUGUACUCGAUUAAGUGGGAUUGUGUCGAAUGUAGCGCGUAUAAAUACACAAACGCCGUCGUUUCUCCCACGUCGGCGUAGUUGGAACCUGAGUUUCAGUUCCAAAUAGCCGUCACUUACAGUCUACAGAGAGAGCAGACACUCUCUCUAUUUUAAUUACCGGAGAUCCGAUUCGAUAGAUCGGCGAAAUAAUUGAAGCAGAGUCCCAGUUACACACCGCUGCUCCGACGGCUACUUACUUUCCUGCAAGAGACUUUUUGUUCCGAUUAAUUUAUGGCUUCAGAGGAUGUAAAAGCGAGGGAAUCGGCGGUCUCGACGAUCGUGAAUCUGGCAGAGGAGGCAAAGCUUGCAAGGGAGGGAGUUAAGGCCCCCAGCUAUGCCGUUCUUAGUAUCUGCAAGUCUCUUGUAGCCGGAGGAGUCGCCGGAGGAGUGUCACGCACUGCUGUUGCUCCAUUGGAACGGUUGAAGAUAUUGCUACAGGUUCAAAAUUCGCACAGCAUAAAAUAUAAUGGAACAGUUCAAGGAUUGAAAUAUAUAUGGAAAACUGAGGGUUUUCGUGGGCUAUUCAAAGGAAAUGGUACAAAUUGUGCUCGAAUCGUCCCAAACUCGGCAGUCAAAUUCUUCAGCUAUGAGCAAGCAUCUAAGGCGAUAUUGUUGCUGUAUCAGCAACAAACUGGCAAUGAGGAUGCUCAGCUUACUCCUGUUUUACGACUUGGAGCGGGAGCAUGUGCAGGAAUAAUUGCCAUGUCUGCAACUUAUCCUAUGGACAUGGUACGAGGCAGGCUAACGGUGCAGACAGAGAAAUCUCCUUUCCAGUACAGAGGAAUGUUCCACGCUCUAUCGACUGUUCUCCGGGAGGAAGGUCCACGGGCUUUGUACAAGGGCUGGCUUCCUUCUGUCAUUGGAGUAAUUCCUUAUGUGGGUCUCAACUUUGCUGUGUAUGAAUCUCUAAAAGAUUGGUUAGUAAAAGCUAAUGGACUUGCUGGAGAUUCGGAAUUAAGUGUAGUAACAAGGCUUGCAUGUGGAGCUGCUGCCGGAACUUUUGGCCAAACUGUUGCCUACCCUCUUGAUGUGAUUCGCCGAAGAAUGCAGAUGGUGGGAUGGAAAGAUGCUGCAUCCAUUGUCACAGGUGAAGGGAGGAGCAAAGCUCGACUUGAAUAUAAUGGCAUGAUUGAUGCAUUCAGGAAAACUGUUCGGCAUGAGGGCUUCGGGGCAUUGUACAAGGGUUUGGUACCUAAUUCUGUGAAGGUUGUCCCAUCGAUAGCACUUGCAUUUGUGACCUACGAGAUGGUAAAAGACAUUUUAGGAGUUGAAAUCAAAAUAUCAGACUGAAGAUGGGUGUUCGAUCGUAUUUAUUGAACAAGUGUGCUAUUUUUGUAGGCAAGCAUAUAGAGAGAAGGUAACUGGGUACUAUUCAUUUUUUACCUGAAUCUAGAGGCAUUUUUAAGCCUGUGUUCUAUAUGUUGCUUUUCCCGGUUUCAUAUGUACGUUUCCCCUGAUUUCAUCUCAUCACUCAUAAGCUGUUUUAAUAAGCAUGUUAAUGGAAUAAUGCAAGAAAUGCACUGGGCCGUCUUCUGAGAA